AUCGCAUAGCGCGGGGUUUCACCCUUUUUGUUUAGUGGUGGGUGGGUGCAAUGGCCCCGCCAUCUUAUUUGAUUAACGCCCAAAUUGGAAAGUGGAUGAUUAAACGUGGUAGGGUUGUGCUGGGCGAGGUAUUGCAAUCGGGGCAGUGAACCUCCUUGCGUUUCUGCAGUCUGACUUGCAGACGUCCGGGGUGUAUUCAGUAGCCGCCCUUGGUUCGUUUCGGCAGUCUGGAUUCCACGAAAAUCGGAGCGUCCAGAAGACUGCACGCCUGAUCCACGAUUGACGAGCCUCUUUCUUCCUUGGCGGCGGCUGAUGUAGCAUUCAAAGAUAUAUGGGGGGAUGGGGGGCCCGACGCCGUUAGCCCUAAGAAGGCACGAACAUAAGGGGAUUCAAUAGCGGAUCGAAUCUGGCCCCGUUCUUGUAUACGAUAAUGGCCCCUCCACAUGCCACCGACACUGUUGUCAUGACCAACAAUGCCAAAAGAUACGCGUGCGACCGCUGUAGGGACCUGAAGCUCCGGUGCCCGCGGAACUGUGAAGAUGCACCCUGCGACCGCUGCCUGCGUGUGGAUGCUCGCUGCGUCACGAGCAGCGGUCGACCGCUGGGUAGACCGUCAAAUCACAGCGAGUCGCACGUCGACAUGUGUCGCGCUAAUCAUCACACGCAAUACAAACGGAAAAGGGCGGUCGGGGUGCCCAAGACUAUGGUCGUUUCUGAUGCUGCUGGAAUACCACCCAAUCGCGGCCCGGAUAAAUCGAUCGACGCGCCCUACGUUCCCACUGACCUGGGUCCAUCUCCGUUCAAUGGCAUGCUGGCCAUGGAGCUGGACGGUAUCCACGGGCCCUAUGAUCUCCCAGAACCGACCGCGGGUCUGACAUAUCCCAGUGGCCUGGGAAGCGGCUUCCCGGUGACGGGCUCUGGGGAUUCGCUACAUGUCGUCGACUCGCCCCCGUGGUGGGCCGCCGGUCGCGAUUCCCCGGACAGGGUUUACACCGACAACAGUGACAUCUCUCUCCGACGAAGCAUCCCGGCUCUGGAUGAGUUCUGCAAUUAUGACCUCGGACCUCCUGACAUGGUGCCGAGCUUAUGCAGGGAGCCGCCCGGCAGCGAUGCCACAUCGCCAGACAUCGCCAUGACGAAUAGCAACCACAGACACAGCAACGACACGAGGUCAACGGCCGGGCGGCCCAACAGCGACUGGACGCCGCCCCUGAUGAAUGCGCUCGGGAGAAUCUCACACCAGCUAGCCGAGCUAAGGGCCCAAGCAUGCGACCUCUCCUCUCAGCCCGUCGGGGCCUGCACGUUUCAAGGCAUCACGCCCAACCUGGAAUUUCUCGACACCGAGCUUGGCGACGACACCUCUGACGCCUCGUCACUGCGGAUCAGGCUUCUGGGGAAGGCAGUGGUCGCCACGAUGAGAUUCACCCUGGUGCUACAGAUGAUGGCGCCGUCGCCGGUGGACUGGGCCAGUUUUGUGGGCGACGACCACUCUUCUGGCUCGGCAGAAGACAUUACCUCUCGUCCCAUGUCCAGUCGCUCCUCGCCUGCUCCGGCAUCCGCAGCCAACUCCUCAUCGCAGGUCACCUUGAUCACCCUGUCGACCUACCUGCAGCUAGGGGAGCUAUUCGACAUCAUCUUGUCUCCGACUGUCCAAUUCUUGGACAGUUUAGCAAAUGCGACCCUAGGCCCCUGCGAGCCCACGGGGAAAACCGCGAUGCUACCGACGCCACCGAAUCUUUCGCAACGCGCGUCUGGAAUGGGUGGCACGGAGGCCAGCUCGUCUGCGUCGGCUUCGGGGGUCGCCCGGCCGCGCAGCCAGGACAUACUGAUCACAAUCCGUGUUGUCGAGCAUCAGCUACAUACCCUGGAGAAGGUCAUUGGUCUCCCCGCGGAAUAUUGUAUCGUGGGGCGCCAGGAUAUGCCGUCCAAGGACAUGUGUGGCGGCGACGCGUCCGUCCUGGCCAAGGCUGUGAUGCGGCAGGCGCUCGACACGUUGCGAUCGCUUAAAAAAACCUUGGACUGCAUUAAAACGGCGGUGCGGCGCCAGCGAGGCAGGCGGCUCGCUUAA